AUGAAAGAAAAAUAGAUAAUCAAAUAUCAUACAGAUGCUGUCUAUUGCUUAUAAUUUAUGACUAAAUUUAAUCAAUUUGUCUCUGGAAGUGGAGAUGCAAGUCUAAUAAUCUGGUCGAUCAAUGAUAAACAAGAAUGGUUUAAAAGUUCUAAGUUGAUAGGACACACAAACAUGAUGAUGUGUUUAACAAUAGAUUAUAGUGAAAAUUUGAUAUUUUCAGGGAACUGCGAUCGAUCUAUUAAAAUUUGGGAUAAGUAGUAAAAUUAUGAAUGUAUCUAAACUAUUAAUGAAAUAUCAGGAGACAUAUAAUCAUUAAAUUUGAAUUCUGGGUAAAACAUGCUGAUUUCUUGUUUUGAAUAAUCAAAUUAGAUAAUUGUGUAUGAAAAAUUUCAUAAUCAAUGGAAUUUUUACAAGAUGAUAUCAGUAUAGCUUUGGGGACAUAGACUAUGUUUUAUAGACAAGAUAAGAUUUGCAUUUUAACCUUAUGCGUCUAAUUUCAUGGAAAUUUAUGAAUUAAAUCGAAAUACGAUGGUGUUUACUUAAUACAUUAAGUUGAGGUGUAUAUGGAGCAUUAGAUAAAAAGGGUGA